GCAGCCCUGCUGUCCCAGCCGAGGAAGGGACCCGCGGUGGCAUCUGGGGCCCCCGGAGGAGCUCGUCCGCCAGCCUGUGUGAGCAGGCCCGCCGGAAGGACUGGGGCCGCGCGGAGCUGCUGGAGGUGCUGCAGGCUGGGGGGCGGCAGCUGCAGGCAGAGAGCGUGUCGGAGGUGACGGUGAAGCGUGUGGAUGUGGCGCGGCUCCCGGAAUGCGGUGGCGUUGGGGACAGUGGCCUCCAGCCACCCAGGAAGUCCCAGGCGGGGACCAAGGACAGUGUCCAGGCACCCUGUGGCCGCUGGGCCGAGAAGCUGGACAAGGAGAAGCAGGUCCUGCAGAAGCGCAAGCAGCGGCUGGAAGCCAAGCUGCAGGCGCAAGCCCAGCAGCAGGCCCCCCGGCUGCAGCCCCGGCCCCUGCGCGUGGAGCCCCGGCUCCUGAAUGGGCAGCUGGCCAGAGGCUUGCAGCGCUGGGCGCUCGGGGCCCCGGACCACAGCCGGCCCCGGAAGCAGCGGCUGCUCACGCUGGCUAUGUACAACACUGUCCUGCUCGGCUGGGCUCGCGAGGGCUCGUUCCGGGAGCUGGUGUACGUGUUCUUCAUGGUGAAGGACGCCGGCCUGUCCCCAGACCUGCUGUCCUAUGCGGCUGCCCUCCAGUGCAUGGGGCGGCUGGACCAGGACGCCAGCACUAUCCGGAGGUGUCUGGACCAGAUGGCCCGGGAUGGGCUGCAGCUGCCAGAGCUCUUCACAGCCGGGAUCCUGUCUGAGGAGGAGCAAGCUAUGGUCCUGAAGGCCGUGGUCAAGGCUGAGCCCACCUUCAGCCCGCCUCCGCGGCCCCCGCCCCAGGCCAACACCUCAGCGCUCCUCAGCGAGGUCUAUGCCAAGGAUAGCCCCGCGUCGUACCCAAAGCUGCCCCUGCCCCUGGAGACACUGCAGGGGCUCUUCCAGCAGCAGCUCCAUGCAGAGCUGGCCACCAGCGUCUCUGUGGAGUCCGUGGAGAAGGCGCCGUCGCUGACCAAGGAGGUCCUGCAGGCGCGGAAGACCCUGAAGGCACUGCGUGUGCAGUGGGAGGCGGCGCUGCGCCGGAAGCUGCAGGAGACCAAGGCGCCCUGCAGACCCUGCCCGCGCAGGGGGAGUCCCUCAUCUCCCUGGCGCAUGAGCUGGGCCUGCGGGCCUUCAAGAGACACACGGUGCAGAGAAAGCGGCUCACGAAGCAGGUGCGGGCCUUGGAGCAGCGUUACUCGCAGUACCUGCACCUACUGGCCUCUGAUACCCAGGUGGCGGUGCCCUGCCUGCCGCGACAGUACUGGGAGAUGCUGGGCACGCCCGAGGCCCCCGGUGAGCGGCCCUGGCCCCUGCCUGUGCUGCUGCACCUGGGCAAGCAGCUGGCAGAGAUGCUGGUGCAGGCUGUGCAGAUGCCUCGCAGCCUGGCGGCGCCCGGAGGGGCCUGCAAGCUCAUCCCCGUGCUCUACCACGUGUAUUCAUUCCGCAGCUACCGGCAGAUCGGCAUUCUGAAGCCGCAUCCCGCCUACACGCAGCUGCUGGCAGCCGCGCGGGCUAAUGCGUGCCGGGGAGGGCACGCCGCAGCACCAGCAGCUGCUGGAGCGCUGCCGGCCCGCAGAGCUGCACGGCGCCCUGGACACACUCACCCAGCUGGGCAACUGCGCCUGGCGCGUCAACGGGCAGGUGCUGGACCUGGUGCUGGCCCUCUUCCGGGACAAGGGCUGUGCCCGCCUGGGGGUGCCGCCCCCGCCCUCCGAGGCGCCCCGCCCGCCCUCAGGUGGCGCGCGAGAUGCACAGCCUGCGCGCCGACGCCCUGUACCGCCUGUCGCUGGCCCAGCACCUGCGGCAGCGUGUCUUCUGGCUGCCCCACAACAUGGACUUCCGCGGCCGCACCUACCCCUGCCCGCCCCACUUGAACCACCUGGGCAGCGACCUGGCCCGCGCCCUGCUAGAGUUUGCAGAGGGCCGCCCGCUCGGGCCCCAGGGCCUCGACUGGCUCAAGAUCCACCUGAUCAACCUCACCGGUCUCAAGAAGCGCGAGUCGCUGCAGGCGCGACUGGCCUUCGCCAAUGAGGUGAUGGACGACAUCUUGGACUCCGCAGACCGGCCCAUGACGGGCCGGAAGUGGUGGAUGGAGGCGGACGAGCCCUGGCAGACCCUGGCCUGCUGCAUGGAGGUUGCACGUGCCAUGCGUUCCCCCGACCCCACAGCCUACGUCUCCCACCUGCCCGUGCACCAGGACGGCUCCUGUAACGGCCUCCAGCACUAUGCGGCCCUGGGACGGGACAGCGUGGGCGCCGCCUCCGUCAACCUACUGCCCUCUGACCUGCCUCAGGACGUGUACAGCGGGGUGGCUGCCCAGGUGGAGCUGUUCCGCCAGCAGGACGCAGCACAGGGCGUGAGGGUGGCCCAGGAGCUAGAGGGCUUCGUGCGCCGCAAGGUGGUCAAGCAGACAGUGAUGACCGUGGUGUAUGGGGUCACCCGCUACGGGGGGCGCCUACAGAUCGAGAAGCGUCUCCGUGAGCUCAGCGACUUCCCCCAGGAGCUCGUGUGGGAGACCUCCCACUACCUGGUGCGCCAGGUCUUUAACAGCCUUCAGGAGAUGUUUGCCGGCACGCGGGCCAUCCAGCGCUGGCUGACAGAGAGUGCGCGCCUCAUCGCCCACUCGGGCUCAGCAGUGGACAUCCACUCCCUGGACUCCUCCCACAUGAUGCUCACGGCCCUGCACUGCUACAGGAGGGGCCUGACCUUCGUCUCCGUGCACGACUGUUUCUGGACACAUGCGGCGGACGUGGCGGUCAUGAACCAGGUGUGCAGGGAGCAGUUCGUCCGCCUCCACAGCCGGCCGAUCCUACAGGACCUGUCCAAGUUCCUUGUGAAGCGGUUCUGCACCCACCCCAGCCCCAACCCCCAGAGGCUGUCCCAGCGCAUCCAGGCCACCAAGCUGCUGGAGACGCUGCUAUCAGUGCCCGAGACAGGGACCUUUGACCUGGAGCAGGUGAAGCGGUCCACCUACUUCUUCAGCUGACGCAGGCCUGCGGGCUGUCGCCAAGCUGCCGUGUACCAUGGUGUAAAUAAAGCUCCGUUGGCACCCA